AUAGAACAUAGGCUUUUGACUCGCUAAACAUUUCCUGUGUAAUUUUUUUCUACUCUGUCAGUUUUAGUUUUUCCCUCUGUGCUGCUUUAAUUCCUCAGAAUCUUGCAGCCCAUUCUAGUCUAUUAGCAUUCUCCUUUAUGCUGGAUCUACACUUCUAAAAUAUCUUGAUGCCACCUUAAGAAGCGUGUCUGACAGAAAUGAGUUGCACAAUUGAGAAAGCCCUAGCAGAUGCGAAAGCGCUGGUGGAACGGCUAAGGGAACAUGACAACGCUGCAGAAGCUCUUAUUGAACAGACUACAGCUCUUAACAAGCGGGUGGAAGCAAUGAAACAGUACCAAGAAGAAAUUCAAGAGCUUAAUGAAGUAGCAAGACAUCGUCCUCGGUCUACGUUAGUGAUGGGUAUCCAGCAGGAAAACAGACAGAUUAGGGAAUUGCAACAGGAGAAUAAAGAACUACGCACAUCUCUUGAAGAACAUCAGUCUGCUUUGGAACUCAUCAUGAGCAAGUACAGAGAACAGAUGUUCAGGUUGCUUAUGGCGAGCAAGAAGGAUGAUCCAAGUAUAAUAAUGAAGUUAAAAGAGCAACAUUCCAAGGAACUGCAAGUGCAUGUGGACCAAAUUACAGAAAUGGCAGCAGUAAUGAGAAAAGCCAUUGAAAUUGAUGAAAAGCAUGGCUGUAAAGAGCAGGAACGUAUCAUUCAGCUUGAACAAGAAAACAAAGGCUUGAGAGAAAUUCUUCAGAUAACUAGAGAAUCAUUCCUGAACCUCAAGAAAGAAGAUGCAUCAGAGAGUACAUCUCUGUCAGGAUUAGUAACAAGCAGUGAUUUGAGCCUGAGGAAAAGCUAAAGACUACGAAAGCCAGAAAGCUUCAAUUGCACACUUUACAAAUGGAGUAUCAGGGGUCACUUGUCAAGCACUUGUUACUGAAUAGGGCACCAGCAAGCUAAUGCGUCUUAAACUUCAGCUUAGUGGAUUUUAUACUAUGUGAAAUAAAUUGAAAUCGGUAUUCUACAAAAAACCUAGUGAUAGAUUAAUUGUCAUAGAUCUAACUUCAAUAGGAAAUGGAUUAAUGCACUUACUGAAUUGGGAAUUAUUUUUAUAUGAAGUCAUUUAACAGAAAAAUGCCAAAAUUUGACUUAGUUUAUAUAAACUUCUGCUCAUACAAAAUUUCAAUGCAGCUAUGAUAUUACAAAGGCGAGACUUAAAGUCAGAUCUCUCUGGCUCACGUCGUAACAAUUAGCAUGCUUUGUGCACUAUCCACAUUACAUUUUCUUUUUUUAAUAAGUAUUUUUUUGAAUUGGCAUUUUGCGACUAAACUUCUUUAAUGGAAAGAGUAUGCAUUGCAACACAAAACGUAAGGAUUCCUGUUUAGUUAGCCACAAGGUAUCCUAUUCAAAUGCAGAGACAUAAGCAAUGCUUUUGCCAUUAUUCAGUAUAUUUUUAAAAACAUUGAAUGGGAUUCUUUAGAAUACCUAUACUUAACUAUUUUCAAAACAUCAGAAGAGCUGCUCCCAUUCUGUUCUUUAUUGCUUUCUGGAACACAGGUAGUAUAGUAUAAUUCUGCCCUAACUGUUCCCUUUCAGAGAAAACCAAGCUCAGUUCUCUGUAGGUAAAGAAUCACAUUAGUUCCAUCAGUUUCAUCUCCAAUUGUCUGCCCAAACUUCCUAACUUGGAAACAGCAAUUUCAAAACACCCAAAGUGCAGCAGCAGAAAGGUAUUUGGGGGAAGGAAGCAGAAGCUCCUGGGUGCCCACCAUCAUCAAUACUAUUAAUUUCUCUUGAAUAAGUACCUAAAAAUCUUCUUGAAGACUAUUUGGUAAGUUUCAGGUGCAUAUUAUGUUUUCACUAGGAGAAGUUUCAAUAUGCUAUAGUGACAGUAGACUGCUCGUUUUUAAUCUUGAAAUACCUGCGGAAGAGAAAAGGAGUUGGCACCAUUGAUAAAGUCGUAGCUUUUAUCAUGUGCAAAUACUAAAAAGUGCUACACGAGACAGGUUUACAGUAAAGAGAUGCUGAAAUUGUUUAUAUUUGGCUUUUGUUUGUCAGGCUACUUCUGUUCCUUGUUCAAGGCAACAAGAACAUUCCUAACUAAUACUGAUGUAUAUCAUCACUUUUCCUCCAGCAUGUUAUUCAACUAGGAAUGUAUUUGCCAAGAAGGGUAGUGAAAGCUUUCAACAACGUAAAAUUGUAGAUGCGCGAGUGACAUCCAUAGGUAAACAUUUUGGCUGUUUAAUGACUCACUUAGCAAAAUGAGUUGGAAUCUUUCUCUGAAAUUAAUUUUCAUUUAAUCAAAUUUGAUUUUCAGUUGCAACAAUACAGAGACGGAUUAAGCAUCAAGCAAUUUUUAAGUGUGUCAGUUUUAAAUAUAACUUCCUUUGACUCAGUAUAACUUCCUUAGGUUCAAGAUAAAUAUACCACAAGGUCUAAGAAAGACUGAAUUUUAAGCUCCCGUGAACUAAUUCAGAGGGAGCGUUAACAGUUUUGUUCUGGUGCUGUUAAUUGCCCCCUCCCCCCUCUUCCUAUAGUGCUUUUAAGAGAAACAAGCGAAGGGGAGGGGGAAAGAGGAGUAUUUAAUGGAGGUAGUAAAUGCGAGUUUUUUGAUGAACUGAUGCAUGUGUCAGGAAAUGCAUCACAUUGUAAUAAGACCUCAGAAAGGACAGCUGUAAAUCAAGCUCUCCAAAUUUUUCCAGCAAUUUUUACAAUUAGAGAGACUGCUACUUCUUCCAAAGAAUCUUGGCUUGUUUCUAGGUUUAAGAAUAUAUUGAGGCCAUUCAUGCACAUGAAAAAACCUUGCCUUAAACCUUGUCCUUUAACCCUUUCCAAACUUGCUAAAACAUCUUGGGAAAAUUUUUGGGGAACAUUCUAGCUUAAGCACAAAAUCUACUUGUCUGCUAUUACUACCUGUAAAACUUUCCUAACGCUGAUAUAAUUUAGAUUUUGCAUUUCUACUCCAGCCUGCAAGCUGGUGAUUUAUCAGAAGUGACAUCUUUUUCUAGAGGAAUGUGUUUUGUUCUUGCAAACCUAAGUGAAAUUUUGUUUUCAAUUUAAGGGUUUUUCUAGUUUGUUUGUUUUAAGUGUCCUUUCAGCCAUUGAGUGGUAUCAAAGACAUAUCCGUUGUGUGCUGAAUGCAGUUUUAUGACUGACUUUCUGGUUUGUCUUUCAAAUGCAAUCUCCAGAGUUGUAUAGCAGAGAAGGGUUGUUAGUCUGUGGCAGUUCUUUAAGGUGGCUCUAUUAUGAAAUAAUGCUUGAUUAGUGUUUAUUUUUGUAAAUUUAAAAAAUGUGACUUAAUUUAUCUACUCCUAGUCUUCACGUUUGAUACGUCUCUCCUUUCAUUCCCCGACCCUGAUUGCUUUAGGAUUUUAAAAAACCUUCACAUUGUGUGGAGUGACUAUUUUUCAUUGCAUACCUGUUAUUUUUGUAAUGCUGAUGGCUUGAAAAGAAUUUAUGUCUACAAUUGUGUACUGUACAGUAAACUUAUUUUAUCAAUAAAGUUGACUGAAAAUUUGGAUGUC